GGUUACGAAAAUCUUGGUUGCUUGCUCGACUUGAUUAAUUUUAAUUUGUAACAUAAAAAAUGUGUAAGACUUGCUUAUAAGAAUCUUAUGAGAACAAAUAUUAGUGCUCUGUUUAUAUUUUCCAUGUGGGAUAUGUAACGGCUCCUUCUACACCAUCAGUAUGCCAACAUUCCUCACACCAGGCCGGCAUGGCUACAGCGUCAGAUUCUCAAAGACAAGGCCUGACGCACUAGCAGUUGCCACCAGCCAGUAUUAUGGGCUAGCGGGAGGAGGAACACUGUUCUUCCUUGAGCUGGCUCCAGAUGGCUCCACACUAUUGGAACUUCAAAAGCUGGAAUGGAGUGAUGGGUUGUUUGAUGUGACGUGGUCAGGCACCACAGACGGCGCGGCAGCGUGCGGCGCGGGCGAUGGUGCUGUUAUAGUGUGGCGAGCUGGCAACGCCGCGCCGCUACGGGUGCUCAGAGCUCACACCAGCGAAGUGUGUUCCGUGGACUGGCCGCGAUCGCAUUUGCUCAGUGCGAGCUGGGAUACUACUAUUAAAUUGUGGGAUCCAGAAUCCGAAGCCUGCCUCAGCACAUUCGCCGGCCAUUCACAGCUGGUAUACACAGCGGCGUUUUCUCCACAUUCCGCUGCUACCUUCGCCUCGGUGUCAGGGGACGGCCAUCUCAAGUUGUGGACGUGUACUGAGUCUGGUAGACCUGCAGCAGUGGUGAAGGCGCAUGAUGCUGAGGGUGUAAAGUUGAAAUUGGUGUAUACUGCUGCGUUCUCCCUACAUUCCGCUGCCACCUUCGCCUCAGUAUCUGGUGACGGCCAUCUUAAACUGUGGACGUGUACUGAGUCCGGUAGACCUGCUGCAGUGGUGAAGGCACAUGAUGCUGAGGUAUUAUCUUGCGAUUGGAGCAGAACUGAAACGCACGCGCUUGCGACGGCCGGCUCUGACGGACUAGUCAGGGGUUGGGACUUGAGGAGACUCACUUCGCCCAUGUUCACGUUAAAAGGUUGCGAGUGUGCAGUCAGAAGAGUACAAUUUUCGCCGCAUGCGCCGUCAGUUAUCGCGGCGGUGUCAUAUGACUUCACUACAAGACUGUGGGACCUCAAGCGCGGGUGUGAGCCGCUCGAAACCAUUCGGCAUCAUUCGGAGUUCACGUACGGGCUCGACUGGAACGCACUUCGCCCGCACCAGCUGGCCGACUGCGGCUGGGACUCGCUCGUGCACGUAUUCACGCCGCGCUCGCUGGCCUGA